UACUAUCAAAUCUCAUUACACAACACAAAUAACAUUGUGUACCACCUAGUACCAUCAUGGAACAGAACCAACUUCAAAAUAACAUCACCGAGCGACCUGAACGUCGAAGGUGUCAGUCCCUAAACUCAUUAACUAGUGAAGACAAUGGCAUAGACCUGAUGAUAUACAAACCAGAGCCAGUUCAUCGUACUUAUAGUGACUCUUCAGUGGAGUGCAUGCAUUGUGAUCAUGGGCGGCUGAUGGACAGCGGCAUAUCUGACUCAAUGCGAUGUGAUCAUCAUGGGCGUAUUAUAGAGAAUGGCAUAUCAGAUCGCAUGAUCGAUAAUGAUAUGUUAGUGGUGAUGGAGCAGAAAAUUGACCGGUUGAGUGAUAUGUUCCUGGAGCAAUGCCGGCUGCUGACCACCAUGAAGGAAGAGAUCCGCAACUCCAAGCUGUUGCUCGAGAAGACAGAACUCGCCCACAACCAAAUAUUUGUCGAUAUACUCAAGAAAGCCAUCGCACAAAGAGUUGGAGCGGUGAGCCUCGAGGAGUGUAACAAAGAUGACGAGAGCGCGGUGAACAGCCGCGCCAAGACCUUGCUGGAUGCCAUCGAGGCCAGGAAGGAGAUGUCUCUGGACAGCGAGAUCAGAGCCAGCCUUAUUAAAUUUCUGCAGAGUGAGGAGUUGAAAGAACAGAUGGUGCGGGCCACGGCGGAGUCAGUCCGUGGUCUGAUAGGAGGCUGCUUCAGCCGAGACAUGUCCAAGCUGUACCUGCCCGUCCUCGAGAGGUCGCAUCGCCGCCUCAUCGCGCAUAUCCAUAUGAUAGUCGAACAGGCGUUUAUUGAGCUGGAAGACAGGUCGUCAUCGCUGUUCAAGUCGGUAUACAAGACGUCUGGAGCCCUGCGCCGCGCGCUGGAGCGCCACCAAUGUCUGCUGGAGGCCACCUCUAACCCUAGACACAACAUGAUCAACACACUGCAGUGUACCGUCGAGGAACUACUUCAAAAAGAAUUGAAGGAUUGGCGAGUGAAGGUGACGGACUUGUUGUCCAGCCACUUCCACUCGGAGCCACUGGAGAGUAGCGUGUCUGAUGGACUUCCAGACUCCGUGGACUUCGAGCCCAUCACGCCACCACAACCGGCUGGCCAAGACGUAUCGGUCGUCGAUCAGUUGAUGCAAGCAGCGCUAGUUAAUAAACUGAUUGAAGAUGGUGAUGUGAACGGUUCGUUCGAGCGAGCACUGUCUGCCGGUGACCUGUCCCUGGUGAUGGUGGCCUGCCGCGCCGUGGACCCUGGCCAGGUGUUCGCAGCACCCUGCAGUCUGAAGCAGCAUGUCCUGAUGUCUCUGGUGCAGCAACUAGCCACUGAUAUGUUGCACGAAACUCAGCUCAAAUGCAGAUUCUUAGAAGAUGCAAUAAUAAACUUGGAUAUGGGCAACCAGGACACGCGCACUCAUCUGCCGCUCGUGGUCGGCGAGGUUCGGAAGCAUUUGUCCAAGUUCCUGGUGGCAUACCCCAACCAUAUUGCUAGCAGACGAAUCACGAUGAUCGUGAUGGCAGCCAACAAUUUAUUGAAAUAAACGGCGACGUGAUGUCACGUCACAUCUCGAUGUUUUGUCAGCCAAUCUCCAGUCUGACAUUCUUUGCCUAAUUACCGUAACCACUGUUUUCAUUGGUUUGACUUACACACAUUAUCAGUACAUAUUUCUGAGCGA